AUGGAUCAAUCUGAUAUUAAUAAUGACAAUUUAAAUAAGAUAAAUAGCUGUGAUGAGGUUAAUGAUAAUUUAAAUGAGAUAAAUAGCUGUGAUGAGGUCGAUGAUAAUUUAAAUAAGAUAAAUAACUAUGAUGAGGUCGAUGAUAAUUUAAAUGAGAUAAAUAGCUGUGAUGAGGUUGAUAAAGAUGUUCAAGAAAAUAUUUUAUCUCGUGCUGAAAUAACAAAAAGAAGGCCACUUGAAAUGCAUAUGAUUUUUGAAGCUGCUUUUGAGCAAGCAUCAAAAUUAUAUACUGAAAUGAAAUUUGAUCAUUAG